UUCAUUCAUUCGAUGGUGACUUUCGCUUUUUCAUUUCGUAUUUGUGAAUUUCCUCCCGAAUAAUCAAUUUGUGAUUGACUCGCGUUGAUUGAACAGGGCUUUUUGUUUGUUAUUAAUAAGUUAGAACUUGUCUUGUAAUUUCUGUUAAGUAUUAAACUGAUAUCAUAAUGCAGAUUUUUGUGAAAACCUUGACGGGUAAAACUAUCACCCUUGAAGUUGAGCCAUCCGACACUAUUGAAAAUGUAAAAGCCAAAAUUCAAGACAAAGAAGGCAUUCCCCCAGAUCAGCAGCGACUGAUCUUCGCUGGAAAGCAGUUAGAAGACGGUCGCACACUGUCUGACUACAACAUCCAAAAAGAAUCUACGCUUCACCUUGUUCUGCGUCUCCGUGGUGGUAUGCAGAUUUUCGUUAAAACGCUUACUGGUAAGACAAUUACCCUCGAAGUCGAGCCUUCAGAUACUAUCGAGAAUGUUAAGGCAAAAAUUCAAGACAAAGAAGGUAUCCCACCAGACCAGCAAAGGCUGAUCUUUGCCGGCAAGCAGCUGGAAGAUGGGCGCACCCUCUCUGACUACAACAUUCAAAAGGAAUCCACCCUUCACCUGGUCCUGCGUCUGCGAGGUGGUAUGCAGAUUUUCGUGAAGACAUUGACUGGAAAAACCAUCACUCUUGAAGUUGAGCCUUCUGACACUAUUGAGAAUGUAAAGGCCAAGAUCCAGGAUAAGGAGGGAAUUCCCCCAGACCAGCAGCGUCUAAUCUUCGCCGGCAAGCAGCUUGAAGAUGGGCGUACCCUUUCCGACUAUAACAUUCAGAAGGAAUCUACCCUUCACUUGGUCUUGCGUCUGCGAGGUGGUAUGCAAAUUUUCGUGAAGACCCUCACUGGAAAAACCAUCACCCUAGAAGUUGAACCUUCUGAUACCAUCGAAAAUGUUAAGGCCAAGAUCCAAGACAAGGAAGGAAUUCCCCCAGACCAGCAGCGUCUUAUCUUCGCCGGCAAACAGCUUGAAGAUGGACGCACUCUUUCUGACUACAACAUUCAGAAAGAGUCGACUCUGCAUUUGGUUUUGCGUCUGCGUGGUGGUAUGCAGAUUUUCGUAAAGACAUUGACUGGAAAAACUAUCACCCUUGAAGUGGAGCCUUCCGAUACCAUUGAAAACGUAAAGGCUAAAAUCCAAGACAAGGAAGGAAUUCCCCCUGACCAGCAGCGUCUUAUCUUUGCUGGCAAGCAGCUUGAAGAUGGACGCACUCUUUCCGACUAUAACAUUCAGAAGGAAUCUACCCUUCACUUGGUCUUGCGUCUGCGAGGUGGUAUGCAGAUUUUCGUGAAGACCCUCACUGGUAAAACCAUCACUCUUGAAGUGGAGCCUUCUGACACUAUUGAGAAUGUGAAAGCUAAGAUUCAAGAUAAAGAGGGAAUUCCCCCAGACCAGCAGCGUCUUAUCUUUGCUGGCAAGCAGCUUGAAGAUGGGCGUACCCUUUCUGAUUACAACAUCCAGAAAGAAUCUACCCUUCACUUGGUCCUGCGUCUGCGAGGUGGUAUGCAAAUUUUCGUGAAGACCCUCACUGGUAAAACCAUCACCUUAGAAGUUGAACCAUCUGAUACCAUUGAAAAUGUUAAGGCCAAGAUCCAGGACAAGGAAGGAAUUCCCCCAGACCAGCAGCGUCUUAUCUUCGCUGGUAAGCAGCUGGAAGAUGGGCGUACCCUUUCCGACUAUAACAUUCAGAAGGAAUCUACCCUUCACUUGGUUUUGCGUCUGCGUGGUGGUAUGCAAAUUUUCGUGAAGACCCUCACUGGUAAAACUAUCACUCUUGAAGUGGAGCCUUCUGACACUAUUGAGAAUGUAAAGGCCAAGAUCCAGGACAAGGAGGGAAUUCCCCCAGACCAGCAGCGUCUUAUCUUCGCCGGCAAGCAGCUGGAAGAUGGUCGCACUCUUUCUGACUACAACAUUCAGAAAGAGUCUACUUUGCAUUUGGUUUUGCGUCUGCGAGGUGGUAUGCAGAUUUUCGUGAAGACCUUGACUGGAAAAACUAUCACCCUCGAAGUCGAGCCUUCUGAUACCAUCGAAAAUGUUAAGGCCAAGAUCCAAGACAAGGAAGGAAUUCCCCCAGACCAGCAGCGUCUUAUCUUCGCUGGCAAACAGCUUGAAGAUGGGCGUACCCUUUCUGACUACAACAUUCAGAAAGAGUCGACUCUGCAUUUGGUUUUGCGUCUGCGAGGUGGUAUGCAGAUUUUCGUGAAGACCUUGACUGGAAAAACUAUCACCCUCGAAGUCGAGCCAUCUGAUACCAUCGAAAACGUUAAGGCUAAAAUCCAAGACAAGGAAGGAAUUCCCCCAGACCAGCAGCGUCUUAUCUUCGCUGGCAAGCAGCUGGAAGAUGGACGCACUCUUUCUGACUACAACAUCCAGAAAGAGUCUACUCUGCACUUGGUACUCCGUCUGCGUGGUGGCAACUAAUGCAUAUCCUCCUACAGCAUACAGUUAUGCCUAUAACAUUCAAUUUAACAUUUCAAUAUUCUAACCAUUCCAGAACAGUAUCUAAUUGCAAACUUUUUGAUUGAAUAAUAUAUCUUUCUCUGCUCAUAAA